GGUUAACCUACAUUUUCAGCUCGGAGAAGACGAUGGUCCGCCAUAUUGCCACAAAUUCCAUGCUAAUUCCGCAUAGUUUGCAAAGGUAGCCAUGGAAACAGGAAGUUUGGAUAAUGAAGAUCCCAGUCUGGUUAAUGUUGGCAUGGCAAGUAUGGCUGCAAACAGUAUGGACAACAUGGCUGCCUCAAGAAUUGACAACAUGGCCGCCGCCAGAUUAGACAACAUGGCUGCCAGUAGACUGGACAACAUAGUUGCCAGGGGAUUGGAUAUGAAUGCAGGUGGAUAUGACGGUAUGGUGAAUCGAGGGUAUGACACGCUGCCGACAAGGAGCCUGGACAGUCUUGAUCCCCGUGGAAUGAGUAUGGCCACAAGGGACUUGAACAACAUGGCGUCCAGUGGAAUGAAUGGCCUUGUUCCUCGCAGUAUCGAAAGCAUGUCAUCUCAUGGACUGAAUGGUAGGAGUUUAGACAUUACAGCAAGCAGAAGUGGUGUCAUGUCCAGGCAAAGUAUGGAUAACAUGUCUGGCCAAAGUAUUAACAACCAGAAUAUGGAUAACAUAUCGGGUCAAAGUAUGAAUAUGUCGAAUCAAAGUAUGGAUAACAUGUCAAAUCAAAACAUGGAUAACAUGUCGAAUCAAAGUAUGGAUAACAUGGUGAGGCGUGGUGUGGAUAACAUGGCCGUCAGAUCGGUGAAUGGUAUGUCGGGUGUGGCUAGCUUGGGAGGGGAGGUAAUGGCUCCUGUUGAUCGCAUGGCUGUUCAACGAACUGUGUACGAGUCUCGGACACAGAUGUCACAAGUCCCACAAGAGACUAGUGAGGAAAUGACAGCCUCAAAAUUCGCGGAGAGAGUUAAUGAAAUUGUUCAGAAUCUUGAAGAAAAUAUGGAUGAUAAUUAUUCAGACAGGAGUAAGAAGGAAGAUUCAUCUGGCGACGAUUCCCAAAAGUCCAGUUCAAACGUGGCUACAAAGUUUGUACAUAUCAUUGACGAUCAUUCAGAAAACUUUCGUCACCAGUUGCACCAGCAGUGGUUGAAAGGUCAACAUUGUGACCUUGUUGUGAAGGUCAAGGACAAAGAGUUCAAGGUUCAUUCGUGUGUCCUCGCAGCUUUCAGUCCAGUGCUGUGUCACCUGAAGAAGAACAUGUCUCUCUGUAUUCCGGAGGUGGAUCAUGCAGCCAUCACACCGCUCAUCAAAAUGAUGUAUACAGGAAUUCUAUGUUUUGACCUGGCUGUUGCACCAUUCGUUGCCAUGGCAGCCAAACGCCUGAUGCUGUCGGACAUCUACACAGCAUGUGAAGACUACAUCACCCAGUGCCACAAGUCCGGCCUCGAGGCCAGCGACGUGCACCCUGACUUGCUGGCUACAGGGGGAGUACAGGUGACUAUAAAAAAAUAUGGCAUGGAGGGGUACAAUGCUGAAUACAGUCGGGACAAGUCCACGCAGAUGUCCGAAGACGAGCAGGAGUUUGUCAACCCACCCAUUAAACGCCGCGGACGACCAAGGCGCAGAUACAAAAAGAAAUAUGCCAAGAGGGGCCGCCCGCCGAAGAUCAAAAUCGCUCCAGUUCCGUCCGAGCCUCGAUCUGAUGGUGAGGUUGUGGGAGGUGAUGGUGCAGUGAAGACGGAGGUGAGUGAGGAAAAGGUGACGCUGCAACCAGCGGACGAUGAAGACGAGGAGGUGAAUAUAGAGGACGAGGAGGAUGUGGAGGAUGAGGAGGAAUACAUACCAGAUGAGGAAGAAAAGAAGUCGUACGAAAGCCGCCGUCGAAUGUGGCCCCACAAGAAGAACACUGCGGUAAUGAAGUGGCUAAUGGGGCGUCGUAAACAGAAGAUCAAGCCAAAGCACACCAAGCGAGACAAGGCGGGGAAGCUGAAAUGUCCAGGAUGCACUUCAACGUUUGAAACGUCAGACGACCUCCAGAACCACAUAGAAACCAGCUCGGAACACAACGCCUUCCGAUGCACCCAGUGUGGUGUGGCCUACAUCCGCAAGUCAAACCUCACGCGACACAUGCGGACAGUUCACUCAAACGCCUUCCACCUGAAGUGCAGGUCCUGUAACAUCGUAACUAAGACUGAGCGUGAGCUACGUAACCAUUGUCUAGAGGUCCACAACAACAACAGCCCGUUUGAGUGCGAGGAGGAGGGGUGCAACUAUCGCACGUACAAAUACGACUUCCUGCGACGCCACAAGCAGAUUCAUAGCGAACAACGGGACUACGUGUGUGAUAAAUGCGGCAAGACGUUUUCGCAACAAGCGGGGCUGCUCAGUCACCACCGAACUUGCUACCAUCUCCAGGAAUACCUUUGUGACGUCUGCGGCCAGGCGUUUAAUCAUUACCAGAGUAUGAAAUCCCAUCGGCGGAGCAUCCACUACGGAGAGCGGCCGUUCAUGUGUACGGACUGUGGAACCCGCUUCAGCGAUCACCGAAAUUUGAAGCGCCACAGACGAAUUCACGAAAACGCUUUUCCAUACUCGUGUCAGAUCUGUGGGCAGAAGUACAGACAUUCGAAUUCUCUGAAAGCGCACAUGAAGAAACACAGUGAUGUCAUGUCUGCAGAGGCAGCAGCUACGACGGCACUGAUCAGCUCCUACACCAACGCUGACGUGGAGAUGAGUGCCCAGUACUCACACCCACCUCCACCAUUGCCGUUACCGCCGAUGCCACUUAACCAUUUGCAUGAAUAUUACGCCAACGCGUGUGAUAAGUAUGUUCCGAUGACCAGCAUGAGCUCCGUGGUGCCCCAAGCUAUGCCUGUAGCCUCCCACCCCAAUCCCACGACCUUGAACAGUACAGUGAACUCAGUUGGCCUUGACACCUUGGCAGAUCUCUGUCUCUCGUCGUCGGUCGUGUGACUUCUCAGAGACACCUGACCAAUGACCACUGAUAGACCCGGAUCGGCUUGCUGCUUAAGAGUACCAGAACUAAAAACCAUCAUAAGCAUACGAUGGGUAUAGAAUAUAUUGUUUAGCAUGAAGUUAUGUUGAAAUUCCUUCAAGCAUAAAAUGAAAAAUCUGCUGCUUAUUGUUAGGAGUGUAAUGAUUCAGUGUAUCGCGAUGAGAGUAUCGGUAGGUGAUGUAUCGAUCUGAAACUUUAACCACUAGGCUACCCGACCACCCCUGUAAUCUUAGAAGUUUUUACAAGACAAUUGAUUGAUUCUGCCUUAUCCUGCCUAAGGAUAUGUAGUCUUAAGGGAAAUAGUAUGUUGUUAAGGAUUACGUUUCAACCUAUUUUUUGCUUGUUUUGUUAUGUUUGACUCAGACAAAAGAUAUUUUAAUUAGAUUUUGAUUCUUUUGAAGGUUGAUUAAAGAUUAUUAUUUGAAUACCAGCAUGUUUAGUUUGUCAAAUGGCAAAUCAAAUGAUAUUUUUGUUGUUUGUUGAAGUUUGUUAAGGUGUUAUAUUUUUUAUUAAUAUGUUUACAGAGAGCCAACUCAAAACUUCAGGAAUGAGGGACAAAAAGGAAUAAACCCAUUUAAAGCCUGUUACUACCACUGAGUCUGAUAGUAACACAAAUGAAAAAAAUAAUUUGUAAAUGGUUGCCCGGACAUGUGAUACAUGCUCAAAGUUGGGUGUCAUUGUUUGUAUAUUUAGUAUCGAUUUAUUGACUCGAAAAUAUCAUGAUAUAUCGAUAUAUUUAUUCACAACAAAAUCAGUUCUUCUCUAUGUGAUUAGAUUUUUAAAAAUCCUAUCUAGACCUGCAUUUAAUCAACUUAAUGUUAAAUAUAAACUUGGCCGAUCCAUUAGAUGUCUAAAAUUGAAUUUUCUGCCCUCUAUAUCCCCAUCGUAACCAUGGUAAUCUUCAUAAGUUUGUAUCAAUACAGUUUCAACAUUAGAAGUGAUCUCUAUACAUCCCUCGCUCAAUGACCCGUAAAUGUAUGCUUAAAAACCUGUAUGCUUAAAAACGAUGAAUACUAUUCCUAGCUUUGUUUCCUGUAGAAUGACUUUAUCAGUAUUAUUUCAAAUUGAAGAAUAGACAAUUUGAGAAAGAAAUAUCAUUCUACUAAACCAAUAAUUAUAUGAAAAUUAAAAUUAAACAUUGAAAGGACUAAUGGAAUUUUUUGCUUUCAUUUCGACCUCUGACCGAAGGUUUUGAGACCAGAAAUCCAUCAACCAAAUUAUUAAAAAGAAAGUCUUAUGUACUCAAUAUAAGAAAUUAGCCAUAAAAAUGUCUAGUAAAUGGUAAGAUCUCCUUAAUUUUUGAAAUGGUUCUGAAAUUUCAGUUUUUGAAUAUCUUUUUUAAGUAUUUUCUUUUUUGGUAAUAAUGUUAUUUUCAAUAAUGACAAUUGCAAAAAUGUAUAUUAAGAAAGUUGAAAUGGUUUUAUGAUUAAUUUAUAUAAUAUUUUGUCAUGAUGUACAGUGUCAUGUGCUGGAGGGAUCAACAAACUGAUUUUUGCAAUGUGAAAAAAUAUUGUUUUGAAACCAUGUCUUCUUUAUAUAACCAACCAUGUGCUAUGAUUGUUUCUGUAAGAAUUUAAUCACUAUGUGUUCAUCAACCAUGUAUAUGUCAUUUUCAUACAUCCUAGAAAUCCCUGGGCUGUGUCACAGAAGACUACAGACUGUUGGCAGGGGAGACAAGCAAUGUAGAGAAUCUCACCCGAGUGUCUUUUGAAUUGAAAAAUAUCAACCUGAGUUAACGAAAGUUUAAAAUUCGAGUGUUGAUAUAUUUGAUAUCAAAAGACAAUGGUAUUCUAUUUAUCAUCCAAACUCCUUCAACCGACUUUUCAGUUCGUAAUCAGUAACGAGCGGUGUCUUCAGUGUUCAAAGUACAGCUAACCACUUUCAGUUGCAGAGAGAUUAGUGAUGUCUUUUAUUGAGACAUCAUGGCCUGCAAAGUCUUGAGAUUUAUUUUCAAUGUAGUAAUAUCUCCAAGAUGAUAUUGCUUGAUCUCACCCAAGCAAUAUCUCUUGUGGAAGCAGUUUUGGAUGAUAAAAAACAAUCGUCAGUGUUCCCGGUUGUGUCAUAAAGUGGUCUUAGCACUAAGAUGAUCGUAACUCCUAUACUUUAACAUAAACUUGUGACAGUCUCAGAUCUAAGAUCACUUUGUGGAAAGGGCUUAUUCCUCAAAGCAUUCUUAGCACUAAGAUGAUCGUAACUCCUUUACUUUAACAUAAACUUGUGACAGUCUCAGAUCUAAGAUCACUUUGUGGAAAGGGCUUAUUCCUCAAAGCAUUCUUAGCACUAAGAUGAUCGUAACUCCUUUACUUUAACAUAAACUUGUGACAGUCUCAGAUCUAAGAUCACUUUGUGGAAAGGGCUUAUUCCUCAAAGCAAUCUUAGCACUAAGAUGAUCGUAACUCCUUUACUUGAACAUAAACUUGUGACAAGUCAUAGCACCAAGAUAGCUUCCGGAACGAGACACCAGACCUGAGCUCCAUUCUACAAAGCAAUCUUCAUGCUAAGACUGUCAUUCAUUUAUCUUUCAGUGUGGAAGUUACGAUCAGAUAAGGGCUACAAUUGUCAUAAUACCCACACUAUAUAACCACAGCAUUUACGAAUUUGAUUAUCGUUGUGAUAAAAUUGCUUUGUUUAACAGGUCCUGGCCGGAGGACAAUCUCUGGCUAAUUCUCCUGUUUGAACUAACUAAAUAUUAUUCUGACAGUCUCGUUACACUCACAUCAUGAAAACCUACAAUAUUAUGCCUAUAUAAUCUAUCACCAAUUUAUGAAGGAUGAAUGUUUAAAUACUUGUACAUAUUCUCUUAAAUGUGUGUUUGUAGAUUGAGUGGGGAACAGACUUCUGAUAGUAGAUCAUUGUAGGCUAUUUCUCUGCAACUUCGGCUAGUCAGGAACCAAAGUGCUGGCAGUAAUGAAUCAGUUCAAAAGUCUGAUAUUGGAUAGAAUUUUGUUUCCAUACAUUUUGUAACACAUCUCCUAAAAAUUCAACUUGUGAAACAGUGACAUUGCUGAGAGAUUCUUUUGUAAAGUGAAGCAUAUUUUUGAAGCUGGUGAUACAGCUGACUACCGUCAGUUGACUCCUCCCAAGCUCGUGGAGCUGAUAAUCUUUUUAAGGUGACAUAUUUUUAUUGAGCUGUUAAUCUCUGUAAAAUUUGUUUGUAGGGCUUACAGGGUCCUAUUUCACAAAGUGAUUGUACUGCGAAGAUGACCGCAACUCCCAUACUUUAACAUAGACGCAUGCCAGUCGUAGUGCUAAGAUGACUGUAACUCCCAUACUCUAACAUAGACGCAUGACAGUCGUAGUGCUAAGAUGACCGUAACUCUC